AUGUGUGCAGUGUGGGGCGCGGGUGCGACCCCGAUCUCAGAGUUUGGGGAUCUGCCGCAGCACUUGUGCCCGUAGACGUCAUGCGGCGCGAUCCGGACACCCACACCUGACUCUUACCUUUGAAAAAACUGCAGCAUAAGAUGCCCACAAAAGAUCCAGGAGCGUACCGAAAUGCAAACCUCUUAUUUAGUAAAAUUUCAUGUAUUUCGGAAGAAGGGUGGCUGUCACAGCUUGCGUUGUCAUAGGACAACUUGCAUGACUCAACUCCACCACGAGUCCCGCGCUCAGGCUUGCCUAUCUUACUGUGUAGGCCUGGCUAGCCGAGAACUCACUGUGUAGACCAUUGAUCUCAACUCCUGGAAAUCUUCUAUAUUCCAAGUGCUGGAAUUAAAGGACUCUUCCUGUUCUUGCAUCAUUUGACUGAAGUAGGGCAGGGUCAAGGUUUGAGGACUGACAGAUUGAAACCCAGGAUUUCUAGGCUCCCAGAAAGCCACCAGACACCACAUGGAAGCGAGGGCCCCACGCCCAGCCGCCAUACCUUCGGUAGAGAGAGCAUUUCAUGUUCUUGUGGGUGUCACUGGAAGCGUCGCUGCCCUGAAGCUGCCUCUUCUGGUAGCAAAGCUUCUGGACCUUCCUGGGCUGGAAGUCACAGUCGUAACAACGGAGAGAGCCAAACACUUCUAUAACCCUCAGGAUGUUCCUGUCACCCUCUACAGUGACGCUGAUGAGUGGGAGAUGUGGAAGCGGCGCUCUGACCCAGUUCUCCACAUUGACCUGCGGAGGUGGGCUGACCUCAUGCUAGUGGCUCCCCUUGAUGCCAACACUCUGGGGAAGGUGGCCAGUGGCAUCUGUGACAACUUACUUACUUGUGUUAUCCGGGCCUGGGACCUCAGCAAGCCCCUACUCUUCUGCCCUGCCAUGAACACCGCCAUGUGGGAGCACCCUCUCACUGCACGGCAGGUGGGCCAGCUCAAGUCCUUUGGCUACGUGGAGAUUCCCUGUGUGAGCAAGAAGCUGGUGUGUGGAGACCAAGGUCUCGGCGCCAUGGCUGAGGUGGAGACCAUUGUGGAUAAAGUAAAAGAAGUGCUCUUCCAGCAUGGUGGUGUCCGGCAGGGUUGAUCUGGGCUUUCUGUCGUGCUGUCCCUGCACCCAGUGAGUUCAGCCCAAGCUGCUGAAGAGGAACAUCAGCACACCAUGAUGAGCUUGUGUUUGCUGAGGAGAGGCUGGACUGAGUCUUCUCAGAGUUUCUGGGGGCUAACCCUGUUCAAGCUAAACAGGACCACAGACCCAUGUCCUGCCUUCUUUCAAUGAGCAAAUGUCUGCUUCCCAGAGGCCCUCCCAGUUUUUCUUGGGAUAGUCCCAGUAAACUAGGUAAACUUGCUGCUCCUUGAAGUUUAAUUGAAUGACUGAGGGACCUCCUGCCUGGGAAUUGCUUUUAGAAAUAUCAUGGCUGAGUCUGGCCACAGUGGCUCAUAGCUGUGGUACUAGCACUUGGAGUGCUGGGACAGGAUUGCCAUAACUUUGAAGUUGGCUUGAGCUAUAUGGCAAGCCGAUCUGUGAGUCUGACAGCCUAUUUCAAAACAAAAGCGACAAGAGGGAACACCAUAGCUCAAGCUCCCUGGCACAGCAGCUCUUGGACGGGCACUGGAAGCUCCCCUUCUUUGGUCCUACACAGAGUCAAGAAGUCUGUGAGGUGGCAAGACUCUGGGACAGGAGUAGUUCUGGGAAAUAAAGAAAAGUGAUCUUUUAAGAGAGUCUGUCCUUCUUUACAUCCUGUCUAUGGCCUCAGAGGUUGGGGGCCAUGGCCAAGUGAGGCUGACUGACUAGCACUCCCACACUCCUAGGCAACAUGGGUGAUUAAGCACAGAGCUGUCAUAGCAAACAGCUCAGAUUCGAGUCUCAGCUCUACCCCGUUCCGGCUACGGACCUUGACUGACCCUCGCUUUCCCAUCUGUGUGAUCAUUAUUCCAUAGUGGAACUAUCGAGAGGCAUGAGGUAUAUGUGAAAAGUACAUUUGUCUCUUACACCCACAGGGGAUACAUUGCUGGGUUCCCAGCAAACUCCUGGAGCCACAGUAUAGAACUCUACAUGUAUGAUGUCUUCCUAUAUGUAUAAAACCUAUUGCAAACUUUGACUUAUAAAUUAGGCUCAGUAAGAGGUUAGCAACAAUAACAAAAUAGAACAGUGAUUCACUUUUUUUUGCAUAAUAAACUAUUUUCCAUGCUGAAAGAAAUAGAACAAUUAAAAAUAUAACAGGGGCUGGCAAGAUGGCUCAGUGUGCAAAGGUGUCACCUCGGGAUGGACAGGGCGGAAGUGAGAGCCGACUUGUGAAAGUUGGCCUCUGACCCCCGCUCUCAGCUGCGACAACUACCAUUUGUACAUGCACACAUGCAAAAUAAAUACAAUAAAAUUUCAAAUGCUAUUGCAAAA